UAUUUUUUUAACAUACUUUUUCUACCCUCCGAGGACUUAUAAGAGAUGGGUAGCUGUUGGAGCUUAUGCCAAAGAAGUAGACGUCAUCAAAGUAAUCUACAUGAACGUACAUCUUUGUUACAUUCAAAGCAUGUCUCCUCCUCUUGCCAAUAUCAGUCAGAACAAACACUUUCUAGCACGGAUCCAGCCUUAGAAGAACAGGAGGCCCUUUCUAAGAUUGUUUUAAAUACAUCAGAAAGAUUAAUUAAUAUGUAUGCCUUAACAUCAGAAAAGCCAUCACCUCCAGAACCAUCAGGAUUAAAGAUAGAUGAUUUAAAACGACUAGAACAAUUAACAGCACCAGAAAUACCAGUAUAUAAUGGAAUGAUUAGUGUAGAAAUGACUCGCAAAGAAUGGGAGUUGAUAGAUGGAGCAGCAAAGUUGAUAAAUGAUGCAAUAAAAGAGAUAAAAACAAUUAAAAAUGUUGGUCAAGUGGUUGUCAAGCUUGAUGAGUCGAGAAAAACAGAAUGAAAAUGAGUAAAAAGAGAUUUAGUAAGUUUUGUGUAUUUAUUUGAAAAC